GAGAGCCGGGGAGAGAGGAAACAGUGACCGUGGCUUGGGGCUCGUGUUACCUUCAGCACCGCAGCUGUGAUGGGUCUUUGUCUCCAGCCCUCGGACUGACACCCUGGCCCCAGCUGUGCUGCUGGCUCCGGAGAACGAGCGGAUGCACCACAGGUCCUGCUGCCUGGGGCUUUGAUUCCCAAGGAUCUCCUUCCUCGCCCUCCAGCCGUUCGGCUCCUGGGCCUUUCCUGCAUCUCGGACAUUGUAAAGCAUUCAGACACCUCCCUCGGCACGUUCUCCCCCAGAGCCCAGCCUGACAGCCCAGGGAACUGAAGACCUGCUUCUCCCCAGGACAUAGGUCGCGAGCUGUGGGCAUUCAUACUCUGGACUCGGCUGUUGCUUGCCACGCGACUUGCUCUAGGAACUGUGGAAGAAGCCUGCAACUGCAGUACACCCAUGGCCUUCUCUGAGUUUCAGGCAGCUCCAGCCCUCCAGACAUGCUGUUUGAACUUCACUGGGACUGAAAUUGACUCCCUGGACUGGAGCCUCUUUGGUGGAGUAACAGGCCUGAGAGAGAUAUACCUCUCGCACUGCGGCGUGUUGGACAUUGUCAAUGCAUCCACUGCGCCCGUCAUGCUGGAGAUCUUGCACUUGGAUCACAACCAGUUGGAAAAGCUUCCAGAAAGUUUCCUAGAAGAUGCCCCGCGAUUGAGGGUCCUUCAUUUGGACAGCAACAAGCUUCGCAAGCUGCCCAAAUCCUUCCUGAGAGCUUCCACUCAAAUCCAAGAGAUUAACCUUGGCUUCAACCACUUGGCCUCCCUUCCCUCCGGUGUCUUUAAGCCCUCUCUCACCAGGCUCAGCCUCACCAACAAUAGCUGGGAUUGCACCUGCGCCUUGUUCGGUGACCUGGAGAAGUAUCCCCGAGAGCCAUCCAGCGGGGACAUGCAGGGCCCAGUCGUGGUGUGCAGCACCCCAGAGCGUUACCGCAGCGUGGACAUCCGAGAUAUCCAUAAGCAGGAGCUCUGCCGGGCACACAGCUUGACCGCCCUCUUCAUCUGCCUGCCCCUGGUGGUCAUUUUAGCCCUGGUUGCCUGGUGCUUUUGCAGGCAGAAGAGAAAGACGGGCUACACCCUCAGUCGCAGGCUGGAGUGCCACCUGGCCACGGUGGAGAGGAACAGUGCCAAGGGGCUGGCAGAGCCUCACCACUACAUCCAGUGUGAGCUGCCCACUGCCCCCACCGAGAGCGAGAAGAACAUGCUGCUGAGGAACCAGAUCCUGCUGAAGCCCUCCACCGCCCUGCUGGGGAGCAACAGGGACCUCUACGAAGAGGUGGAAAUCAAGCUGGGGGCCUUGGACAAUUCUUUUGUGCUGGUCAAUGAAGGGAGCCUCAGCCGGGAGACGGGCCCCGAGGGGGCACCGCCGGUGGCGGCAGCAGCACAGGAGCUGGCGGGCAGCGACCCGGAAGCGGAGACCGUGAGCGUGACGGACGUGCUGAAGGACUCGGUGGACCGAGAGAAGCUCUACAUGAGCCAGGCGGUGGAUUAUUACAACCUGGUGCCUGCCAUUGAGCUGGAGGACUCCGACCACCAGGAGUACGAGAACAUUGACCUGCACUGAGGCUUGGCGAGUGAGGGGUGUCCUGGGAACCUGGGGCCGUAUCCUGCCCUUGCUGACACCCAGUGCGCUCCUGGGGGUGGGAGAGGGUGGGAGCUAGGGCAGGAUGCAGCUGGAGGGCAGUGAAUGGAUAGCUUGUCACUCAAACGACCGUUGUCAUGUCGAUUCAUUGGACUGGAGUGAGAGCAAUUGUACAUGAGGUAUAAAUGUCUGAAAAUGACUUAGGCUGGCUCAUUGCAGAGCGGGACGUGCUGUCUUCCAAAUUCCCCCCGCCCCCUUUGCCUGUCACAGCCCGGUCUUCCCACACACUCCCACCAGGCAGGAGUGUAUAACACUGUCUGUCCCAAAUGCGGAGCCUGAGUCUCAGCACCCCAUCAUAGGCUCUCUCAGCUGCCCGCAACUGGCAGUCAGGGCCAGCCAUCCUUAGCAGGGCUUCGUGCUGCUCCCUGAAUGCCCUGGAAAACCAUCCGACCCUCUCAGUUGCGGCGCGGCUCCCCUCCUCCUGACGAGGGGGUCAGCACCAUGGCGACUGUGAGCCCUGCUCCUGCCCGCCUGGGCAUGCAGUGCAGGGAGCAUGUCGAGGAGCCGCAGCACCUCUUGCUCCACCACGCGCGCACCAAGCAGAGGGCACGGAGCCGUCAGCACGACCCCGCGGGCAGGAGGCAGCCGGAGACAGGUCGCGGGCAUGGAGAGCGGGAAGCCCUUGCCUGGCCGAGCCCCAAGAACGAGGUGGUGGCACUGACGGAUUGGGUCAGGUUUUGGUCUCCCUCAGGCUUGAAAAUUAGACCCAAGCAGGCCUCUGCCAGGUUCCCAGCCGUGGCCUGGGGUCUGGGUAGAGGCCAGGGCAUGGUUCUGCUCCUGCCUUCGGGAUGCAGGUCGGGAAUAUCUCCAUCAAAGCCACUAGGGUGACCCGGCAGCAAAACUGGCAUGAGUGGGAGGAGAAUCAGGCCCUGGAAAUCCAAGGCUGUGCUGCUGGGGACAGAGCAGGGUCACGGGGGGAAGAGGAGAGAGACCCAACGGUGAGGUGUCUUCACAGCCCUUGCUGUCUAGAGACGGGCAGUGCUGCUUCAGAGAGUCGCUGCAUUUCCCUGCAGGGCAGAGAGGAAACCAGCCACAGCUCCUGGUACCCCAAACUCAACGGCACUAAUAUAGAACAGUGCCCUGGGGCACGAGGGUGGCAGCAGAGCUGAGCUCCCAGCUCCUGGCCCUUUAACAUCUGGCAGGUGAGUCAUUUAUUGCUGCAGGGACGUAAAACGCUGGAAAGAUGCAAAGCAGGACAAGCCAGCUCCCCGCUCCUCUUGGCUCAGGCUAAGGAGCUCAGGAUUUGGCCCUGUGUGUGUUGUUUAUGAGGCAGCCGGUCACCACGCCCACCCUGCUGCCACAAGAGUCGCUGACAUCAGCCCCACAUCCUGUGGCUCCAGGGCUCCCUAGGCCUGAGCAUGGCAGGGGUGUGGGCUAGUGGCCAGAGCAUAGGUGUGGGGGCCAGGAACACCACAUUCUAAUUCCUCUUCUGCCACUUCCUGUCUGGGGUGCUGUGGGCACGUCUGCUCCUCUCUGUGCCCCAGCUGCUCUGUGGGGUAAAGCUGCUCUGUGGGGUAAAGCUGACAUGGCCCCCGGGGGGCUUCAUUCAGCGUGCAGAGCAGAGCUUGAAGCCAAGAAGUGCCAAGCUAAGCAGGCUUUGCAGCUGGCUGGCCCUACUGCUGGGCCACACGGGUGUCAGCCUCAGACAAGGGCCAGAUCCAGCCACAACCACCCAGUCCCCAAACCCUUGUCUGGCCUCUCUGGCUCAUGCUUCCAGGGGCCCCAGUGCAGAGCUGUGUCAGGGCCACAGGCUGUGUGGGGAGGCAGGCAGCUGGUGAGGGGUAUUUUAUCCUUGUUGGAGUAAUGAGGAUCUCCUGGUUUACCUCCUUUGAACCCCAGCUGCAUGCCCAUCCCUCCUCGCUGCCACUUCUUUCCUGCCAGCUGUUGAGGACGCAGUGGGAUGGGAUUCCCAGUUGAGCCACUCCAGGCUGCCCUGGAACCAGCCAGAGACACGCUCAGAGCUCCCACCCUGCCCCCUGGCACUGAACAUGGGCCGCAGGGCACAGACCUCACCCGCUGGGACAGCCAUGAACUGACCCUGCCUGAAGCCAGCUGGCAUGCUGCUGGAGCCAGGGCAAGCCAGCAAAGGGGACCCCUCCCCGAGGGCCGCAGGCAAAGCAGCUGAGGAUGAAGGAUGGUUUUAUGAGCAGCCAUAAUAGCUUCAACCUGAAGCCAACUUUUCUUGGCGAUUGACUCCACAGCUUAUCUUUAGGAGGCCUGUGACACUAAUAGCCGCGGCCGCUGCUGGGGUCCCGCCUCCUAU